CACACAACCACCCACAACAUGGCCGACGAAUCCCCCAAAGAAGUCGCGGAGGCCUCAACUUCGAAUCCUCCCUCAGACACCGAAUCCCCCUCCUCAGAUCCUACCCCCUCAACCAGCACCCCCCAACCCAGCGAAGCGCAAACCCGCCUCGACCGCUUCAAAGCCCUGCAAGCGCGCCAAAAAGCCUCCCGCAGCGCCAACCUCAAAGAAACCAAAACCGAGCAAACACGGCAGGCCACCGACCCCGCCCUCCUCACCCAACUCGAGCGCCGCCGCGCCACCGCAUCGCACAAGCUCCUGAAAGCCGAAACCGCCGACUUCGAGCGCAAGCGCGCCUGGGACUGGACCGCCGAGGAAGCCGCCGCCUGGGACCGCCGCCUGGAGAAGAAAGCGAGGCACAGGGACGAUGUUGGGUUUGCGGACUACACGCAGCAGGCGCGGAAGGUGUACAAGCGGCAACUGAGAGACGUGCCGCCGGACGUGGCGGCGUACGAGAAGCAGAAGAAGGAGGCGAUCGAGCGGGCGGCGGCGAGUGGGGGGCUGGAGAUCGUAGAGACGGAGGAUGGGGAGCUGAUUGCUGUGGACCGGGAUGGGUCGUUCUACAGCACGGCGGAGAGCACCGAGUUUGUGAAUAGUAAGCCCGAGAAGGCGGCGGUGGAUCGGCUGGUGGAUGAUAUCAGGAAGGCGGAGGCGGCGCGGAUGAAGAAGAGGAGGGAGAGGGGCUUGGAGGAUGAUACGGGUGGGGAUGUCACGUAUAUCAACCAGAAGAACAAGCAGUUCAACGACAAGUUAGCGCGGUUCUACAACAAGUAUACCUCGGAUAUUCGGGAGAGCUUCGAACGGGGGACGGCUAUCUGAUGCUUUGCAGUUUGCGGAUCACUGGUGCAUUGGGAGGCGUUAGGGGUUAAGCGAGUCAUAGCUCAUUAGGAUGCUCUCCAGUAGCAAAAGGAUCAUGAAAUCAUUCAAUAACAAAGGCUUUUGAUGGUAUCUACAAGU